UGCGUCCUUCCUUCCGGAUCCAUACUUUAUGUUCAUACUUAUAUAAACUAUUAUAUAUCUUUUAUCAAUCUUCCUCCUACCGCUUACUCAGUCUAUUUCAAAAUAACUCGCUUCGAACCCAAUGCCGACAACAUACUAUACUUGGGUGAUGCAGCACCAUCUGUGGGAACCAUUGAGAUGAUCUACAAAUAUACUUAUUUAUGCCGAGUCGGUCGAGCCAUCUAUUCUGAGAGGGUGCUUCUCUAUGACUCAGAUACUGGAAAACUCACCAACUUUAGUACACAUUUCUCCUUCCUUAUCGACACCCAAGGUCGUGCUUCUUAUGGCCAUGGGUUAGCCUUCUUCUUGGCUCCUGUCGGAUUUGAAGUUCCUCUAAAUUCAGUUGGUGGAUUCCUAGGCUUAUUCAACACCACAACUAGUGAUUCAUCUCAUAACCAAAUUGUUCUCGUCGAAUUCGACUCAUUCCCGAAUCCAGAAUGGGAUCCUUCAUUUGAGCAUGUAGGGAUUAAUAACAACUCAAUUGCGUCUGCAACAUACACCGCUUGGAAUGCCAGCUUGCACAGUGGAGAUACUGCUGAUGUAUGGAUUACUUACGAUGCUUCUACCAAGAACUUGAGCGUGUCUUGGGAAUACCGAACAACUUCUAGUGCUAAUGAGAAUACGAGUCUUUCUUUUGAAAUCGAUCUCAUGCAGGUUCUUCCCGAGUGGGUUACAGUUGGAUUUUCAGCUACCACAGGUCAAUUUGGAGAGCGAACAAUAAUUCAAUCAUGGGAAUUUAGUUCCAGUUUGGAAAGAAAGGAAAAAAAUGCAAAGAAUGAAAAAAAGAAAAGUUUAGUCAUUGGUCUAACAGUUUCAGCUGGCGUUCUGAUAGCUAUAGCAAUUGUGACUUUUGUAACAUUGUGGGCAUGGAAGGGAAAGAAAAAAGAAAAGCAAGAGGAAACAACUGAGACUAUGAACUUAACAUCAAUUAAUGAAGACCUUGAAAGAGGAGCAGGACCAAGGAGAUUUUCUUAUGAAUAUCUUGCCUUGGCCACUAACAAUUUUUCGAUUGACAAGAAGUUGGGGGAGGGAGGCUUUGGUACCGUCUACAGAGGGUACUUAAAUGAUUUGGAUAUAGCAGUUGCUGUAAAGAAAAUCUCAAGGGAGUCUAAACAGGGAAGAAAAGAGUACUUAGCUGAGGUGAAGAUCAUUAGCCAAAUUAGGCACAGGAAUCUGGUGCAACUCGUAGGAUGGUGCCAUGACAAAGGUGAGUUCCUACUUGUCUAUGAGUUUAUGCCAAAUGGUAGCCUUGAUGCGCAUCUCUUUGGCAAGAGGAGUCCUCUGACUUGGGCAGUGAGAUACAAGAUAGCUUCUGGGUUGGCCUCUGCGCUUUUGUAUCUCCAUGAAGGGUGGGAGCAAUGUGUCGUACAUCGAGACAUCAAAUCGAGCAAUGUCAUGCUUGAUUCUUGUUUUAACGUGAAACUUGGAGACUUUGGAUUAGCUCGGCUCAUGGACCAUGAGCUAAGUCUUGAGACAACUGGAUUGGCUGGAACAUUAGGCUAUAUGGCUCCAGAAUACAUAACCACUGGUAGGGCUAGUAAAGAAUCAGAUGUAUAUAGCUAUGGUGUGGUUGCAUUAGAAAUUGCUACUGGAAAAAAGUCAACUGACCAUCCAGAAAAGGAUUCUGCGAUGGGGUUGGUAGAGUGGGUUUGGAAUCUUUACGGGAGUAGAAGGCUCCCCAUGGCAAUUGAUGAGAGAUUGGGAAUGGAUUUCGAGGAGAAGCAGAUAGUGUGUUUAAUGGUUGUUGGAUUGUGGUGUGCUCAUCCUGAUCAAAAAGAUAGGCCGUCAAUAAGGCAAGCACUUCAAGUUCUUAAUUUUGAGGCUACAAUGCCAGAUCUUCCUUCGAAGAUGCCUAUUCCUUCGUAUCGCAUACCUACACCAUCAGUAAGCUCUGGUGAACCUUUUAUAACUACUAGUCUAGAUGACGGUCGCUGAGCGUGUGAACUGUACUGAACCAUGCAUUUUGAUCUAGCUAGUCUUCUUGUCUUUUGAUUUUCUUUUGUAUGUCGUAU